CUGGUGCAUAUCGCAAGCAAAAACAGAAAUAAUACACCACAAUAUGUUAUUUUUAAACCAUUGCAAUGAUGCGAUUCCGUUCAGGUUGCUAUUGCUGGCAAUCCUGGGUUGCGCUUGUUCGCACGCGUAUAUUGAAUUGACCGAGGAGUACCUUAACGAUAUUAAAGCUGACGAAAAGGCUGAAGUAAAAGCUGGGGAAUAUAAUUAUGAUCACCAGGGCGAUGACUGGCAGGGUACAUGCAAAGAUGGCAAUCGACAAUCCCCAAUUGAUCUUAUUUACGAUGAUGCUGUUGUUAGCUCAAUACCACGCAUUCGAUUCAAGAACUACGAUCGAUCACUUCAGACGCCUCUAGUACUGGUUAAUAAUGGACACACUGCCAAUCUGGUAUUGCCAGCAACCAUUGGUGGGCAGCGUGCAUCCAUUUCUGGAGGAUUGUUGCCCGGUAUGUUCGAGGCACAGAGUGUACAUUUACAUUGGGGCUCUGCCUUGAGUAAAGGAUCGGAGCAUGCCAUAAACUUUGAACGGUACGAUAUUGAAAUGCAUAUUGUUCAUAAAAAUAGAAAAUACGGAAGUAUCAGUGAGGCUAGUGAGAAUUGGGAUGGUCUGGCAGUGCUAGGAGUUAUGUUUAGAUCAACAAGAAGACCGCUCUCAACACAAUACGGACUGAACAAGAUAUUUAAUCAAUUACCGCGUAUUACCCAAUAUCAAUCGAAUGCAACCAUUCAAGGAGUUCUGACUGUCGGACAGCUGCUGGGCAACAUUGUUACAGGAGAAUUUUAUUCAUAUAACGGUUCAUUAACUACACCUGACUGUGCUGAAUCCGUAACAUGGACUGUAUUCAAAGAUACAAUCAAUUAUAGCGAUCGUCAAAUCCAAAAACUAUGGAGCUUGAAAGACUCUCGUCAGCAACCUUUGAUAAACAACUACCGAAGUCUGCAGGAUGUAUAUAACAGGACCGUCUACUACCGAUCCGUCAAUUAGUUGAAUUUCAGCUAUUUGAAAAGAUAAAUAAAAUUCACAUAGGCAACUAAAAUACUUGUUAGUUUCAUUUGUUCUUUCA